CGGCAACGGAUGGAUAGCCUAGGCACCGCCGCGCCCUAGACACGCAGACGCUGGAACAGCCAGCCAACUGCCCUCAGUUCAGUGGGAGCUCGGCACCGAGCGGGGGUUAGUCAGCAGCGAUGCCCCGGUUGCCUCGGCUCAACCCCACACUCACACUGCUGCACAGCUCCAACUGCCCCCAGAACCGGACUCCGGUCCCCAUAAACGUUGCCGUCCCUCCACCGACACGGCCGUGACGUUCCCCUCCCAUUGCAACUUGCCCGUACCCCACGGUUCCUUGCCUGUGUCCUUGCAUCAGUCGUCAGUCACUCGGCUUGUCUCCAAUUGCCCCGUCCCCAGUCGCAAUCAUGGCCGUCGAGCGCAUCGGAUCCAUCAUCAAGCACCUGGCCCCCGGGUCGGCGUUGAACAACAUCCAGUCCAAGAAUGCCGACGACAUCGUCAUUACCCUCGCCAUUCGCACUCCUCUCUGCAAGGCCAAGAAGGGUGGCUUCAAGGAUACCAGCCUCGAGUAUAUGGUGUAUGCCCUGCUCAAGGAGGUCCGGCUCCGCAGCAACCUGGACCCUGCUCUCGUCGAGGAUAUCGCGCUCGGAAAUGUCUCGGACGGCAAGGCCGCGUACAAGACGCGCGCCGCCGCUCUCGCCGCCGGCUUCCCCAAUACGGCCGGCGCCUACUCCGUGAACCGCUUUUGCUCCUCGGGCCUCAAGGCCACUGCCGACAUCGCGCACUCCAUUUCCAACGGCUCCAUCGAGAUUGGCAUCGCCUGUGGCGCCGAGAGCAUGUCCCAGGGCGGCGACCGCCUGGAGAAGCCUGUUGACGAGGCCGUGCUCGCCCAGAGCCAGGAGGCCGCCGACUGCAUGCAGCCCAUGGGCUGGACGAGCGAGAACGUCAGCCGCGACUUCAACAUCACGAGGGAAGAGAUGGACAAGUUCGCCGCCGAGAGCUUCCAGCGAGCCGAGCGCGCGCAAAAGGCCGGCCUGUUCGACGACGAGAUCGUGCCCAUCACGACCAAAAUCCAGGGUCCCGACGGAGAGUGGAAGGAGGUGACUCUGACCAAGGACGAGGGCAUCCGUCCCGGCACUACGGCCGAAGGCCUCGGCAAGGUGCGCGCGGCGUUCCCACAGUGGGGACCCACGACGACGGGAGGCAAUGCCAGCCAGGUCACGGACGGCGCUGCCGCGCUGCUCCUGAUGAAGCGUUCGACGGCCAUCAAGCUCGGACAACCCAUCCUGGCCAAGUACGUCGGAUCGACGGUGGCUGGCCUGGCACCGCGCAUCAUGGGCAUCGGCCCCAGCGUCGCCAUCCCCAAGCUGUUGUCUCUGUGGAACGUGUCGCUGGCCGAUAUGGAUGUUAUCGAGGUCAACGAGGCGUUUGCAUCCAUGGCUGUCUAUUGCCGCAACAAGCUGGGCCUGGACUGGGCCAAGAUGAACCCCCGAGGCGGUGCCAUCGCGCUGGGCCAUCCUCUGGGCGCGACGGGCGCGCGGCAGAUUGUCACGGGUCUGAGCGAGCUGCGUCGGCAGAAGAAGAAGAUGCUACUUGUCAGCAUGUGCAUAGGCACAGGCCAGGGCAUGGCGGGCCUGAUUGUCAAUGAGAUGUAGGCGGGAGUGACCUUGCACUGUACAUUAGGCGCAUGCCUCGAGUUGUGUGUGAAAACCAGCGCUGAAUUGCAACACAUGUCAAACCC